UUGUCCUAAAAGGAAAAAAAAAAUUAUAAAUGCCAGAUCUAUACUCACAGCAAGGUGGGGCUAGGUGAAUUGUUGUGUGCCGACUGGCCCUUUGCAAGGUGGCGGUUCUGGAAGGUCAGUGGGGCCCAGCGGUUCGGCACAGAAGGGUGAGAAUUCGGUGGGGCUGGAUGGUACAGAUGCAGGGUUAGAUGUGCAGGGUCCUCCUGGCCUCACCUCAGGCAUCGCUCAGUUUGCUUGUUAGAGCACACCCACUACCCGUGGUAGGUGUGCUGCCCCGGGCAAACCCCCAGACCCACCUGGAGCCCAAUGGAGUCACCGUUAGGUCAGGCUGGGGACACACACACCACCCUGCCAGUCACCCAGCCCUUCCCUGGAAUUUUACUGCGUGGUCAGAGCUGGACGCCUUUGCCUGACCCGAGGGAAGUGAUACUUCCUCAGCAGCAGGCAGUGCUCAGUGCCUCCUCAGGACGAGUCCCCACGUGGGGCUGCUCAGCCGCUCAGCCCACGCUCGAGGUUUUUAACACGUGGCUGGCUCUGGAUGCUCACAUCCGAUUUGAGAUAAGUUAUAUUUCCUCCUCAGCAGAGCAGGGCUGAGAGAUUCCUCCCAGCAUGAGUGCCCACACGGAGCUGGUGAGCCGCCUGCGGGCAGCCUGGCUCUCGGGGAAGACACGGCCCAUCGAGUACCGCGUGGCCCAGCUGGAAGCCCUGGGACGCUUCUUGGACGAGAAGAAGCAGGACAUCCUGGAUGCCACUGCCUUGGACAUGGGCAAGCCGCCCUUCGAAGUGGAACUCUCAGAGAUCUCCAUCUGCAGGAGCGAGCUCAACACCUGGACGAAGGACAAGCACGUGGAGAAGAACUGGGCGACACAGCUGGACUCAGCCUUCAUCCACAAGGACCCGUAUGGGGUGGUGCUCAUCAUCGGGCCAUGGAACUACCCCAUUAACCUCCUCCUGGUGCCCCUCAUUGGGGCCAUCGCUGCAGGUAACUGCGUUGUCAUGAAACCCUCUGAAAUCAGCAGGAAUGUGGAGAGGUUAGUGGCUGAGACACUGCCCAGGUACCUGGACAAGGACUGCUUUGCCGUGGUGACUGCUGGCACAGAGGAGACCACCAGGCUGCUGGAGAACAAAUUUGACUAUAUCUUCUUCACUGGCAGCCCCUCCAUGGGGAGGAUCGUGAUGACAGCUGCUGCCAAGCACCUGACACCAGUAACACUGGAGCUGGGGGUUAAGAACCCCUGCUACGUGUCCGACACCUGCAACGUACAGAACGUGGCCCGGCGGGUGGCCUGGGGCCGCUUCUUCAACGCGGGGCAGACCUGUGUGGCGCCCGACUAUGUGCUGUGCAGCCUGGAGAUGCAGGAGAAGCUGCUGGUCGCUCUGUGUGAGGCCAUUACUGAGUUUUAUGGCCCCAACCCUCAGGAAUCCCCUGACUUUGCCCGAAUUGUGGGGGACAAGCACUUCCAGCGCGUGCAGGCACUGCUGUGCAGCAGGCGUGUGGCCAUUGGGGGACAGACGGAUGCACAGACACACUACAUUGCCCCCACGGUGCUGGUGGACGUGCAGCAGGAUGACCCCGUCACGCAGGAGGAGAUCUUCGGGCCUAUCCUGCCCAUCCUCACAGUAACAAGCUUAGAUGAUGCCAUCGCUUUCAUCAAUGCCCGGGAGCGGCCGCUGGCCAUCUAUGUCUUCUCCUCCUGCAAGAAGGUGGUGAACCAAGUGCUGGAGAAGACAAGCAGUGGUGGCUUCUGUGCCAACGACACCAUCAUGCACAUGACGCUCACCUCGCUGCCCUUUGGCGGCAUCGGGCAGAGCGGCCUGGGCCACUACCACGGACAUUACAGCUUCGACACCUUCUCGCACCCGCGGGCCGCGCUGCUCCGCGGUACCGGCCGAAAAGCCCUCAACACCCCCCGGUACCCGCCCUACGCCCCGCGCCGCCUCCCGCUGCUCCGUGCCACCACCGAAACCAAGCGCCGUGCUGCCUGCACCCUCCUCUGAGCCGCAAUAAACACCCACUUCCGCUUCCGCCCACGCUUCUGUUCCGCCCCACGGCCUCAGCUCGGCCAAUUGCCGCGCCGCCCCACUGCCGCCCUGCCCAAUCCACGCAGCUCCGCGCCCCUCGGGCCAAUGAGAAGCGAGCCUGGCGCCGUCUGCCCCGCCCACUGCACGGCGGCCCGCCCCGUGACCCCGGCG